GCGGGAAAUAGUAUUUUGACAUCUAGGUUUUGUGACUUUUGCUUGUCAAAAAAAAAAAAAACAAUUUAAUUGUUUACAGAAAUUUUUCAAGAAAUUUUAUGUUUCCCAAGAAUAAAAAGAUCAGAAAACAAUUUUUAAAAAAUGGACGAACUCCUUGAAAAAGCAAUCGAUUGCUCUAAAACUGCUCCUUGCAGAAAAUAAAUUCAAUAAAUUAUUCCCUCCGCAGACCCAUGGUGCAGAAUGCGAAGAGUGCUACAAAAUGGUUUUCUACACAUCAUGCCCUCGCCAGCAAUCAGGGUGGUAAUGUGUUUCAUGGAACAACGACGCUGACUAAAACUGACGCUGACCCACUCGUACCAGGAUUGAUUGAAUUAACUUAUUAUUCAAAUACUCUAACGCCGAGUUUUGCCUUUGAAUUGAUUGUAUUGACAUCCCUCAUUACUCUAUUCAGGGACAAACCAAAUGACGCUGGAAUCUCUCGUAAGCAUUUGCUCAAAGCUAGCCUUGAAAACUGUGGAGUAUAUCGCUACGAAUUUAUUCUCAACAUAUUCACGCAGGUGUUGGACCAACUUCUUGAGUCGACAAUCAAUGAGUUGUUAAACAGAGAACUUAUAAAGGGAAUCGAUACGAAGGAAAUGACAGAGAGUGAUGUCCAAACGUCCAAAGUAAGACAAUUUCGAGCCAUUAAACAAUCAAGUCGAAAAGCCGGAACUUUUCAUCAAUCCAAACACUCUUCGAGAACAAAAAUAUGUUUGUGACAUUUUGGCUCAAUUCGAGUACUAUGCUGUCCCACAAUCAUUGCCCCUAACGCCAAAACGGGGGGAAAUAGACCCCCCUCCCAUAGUCAACAAUGAUUUUAAAUGCAAUAUAACAAAAUUUUGCUCGGCUUACGGGAUAUAUUGAAAAAACCAAAAAAGGUGCUUUUGCACCCCUAUCUUCAAUUUCCACCCUCUCAUUAAAUAGCACUCCGCGGUUUCAUCUUCUCUAUAUAACGAUUCCUGCAACAAAAACCCGUGAACGUCUUAGUUCCUUAUUUCCAUAUUUUUUUUCGACAUAAUCAAUAGCCUAUAAAAUCAACAAAAAACAGAGAGAAAAAAGAAGCUAAACUUUAUUUAAUAGAGUUGGUGAAGAAAAAGAAACAAAAUCAAAAUAAAUACUAUGAACUUACGAUAGUAGAAAAAUUAUACAUAAAACUAUGCUAUGGGGAUAAGUUGAAGCAUAUUCAUAUUCUGUUAAUUGAGAACAAUAAUCCUAAAUGCUCCAUUAAUGCAAAUAAAAACAUAAAUAUACCUAUUUUA